UUGAAUCUUAACCUUACCAAAAUUCACCUUGCAAGUAAAUCAACUGAGUAACCCAAGUGGGUUAAACCCGAGUGAACAAUGGGACUAGAUUCCUCUUAUUCCUUAUUAACCACAUGACAAAUCACUCUUAAUCUUGCAAGUGAAAUAUUUUCUCUGAAUCCAUCGAAUUAGCAUUAUCAUUAAAUUUGGAGGGUCUAUUUUUGGUCAGUUAUUCUACCAGGGAUUCAAAAUCAUGGGAUCAGUUUUCAAGAAAUCUGCACUGAUAAUCUGUGGUGACUACAUGGAAGAUUUCGAAGUGAUGGUUCCUUUUCAUGUGCUGCAAGCCUUUGGAGUUCGUGUUGAUUGUGUCUCUCCCACCAAGCUACCUGGUGACAAAUGCAUCACUGCCAUCCAUGAUUUCUUGGGAUUUGAGCUUUACACAGAACUGCCAGGCCAUUCCUUUACUCUGAAUUCAAACUUCGAUGAAGUGGACGUCGAAUGCUAUGACGCCCUGAUUAUUCCAGGAGGCCGGUUCACGGAGCUCCUCAGUGUUGACGACAAGGUCUUGAGUAUAGUUAAAGGGUUUGCUGAAGCAGGAAAGCCUAUUGCCACAAGUUGUCAUAGCCAACUCCUUCUGGCCGCGGCUGGGCUUUUGAAAGGCAAGAAAUGCACUGCAUUUGCAAGCAUGAAACCUGUGAUUGAGAUGGCUGGUGGCGUUUGGUGGGAACAACCUGGAAUUACAUCAGUUUUUGACAUUAAUGCUUGUCUUAAAGAUGGAAAUAUCUUAAGUUCAAUAGGAUGGCCGGCGCAUGCUGAAUACCUAAAAGUUCUGUUUGAAUCCAUGGGAGCCAAAAUUCAUACAACUAAGACGAAUAAUUCAGUGCUUUUCCUAUGUGGGGACUAUGUAGAAGAUUAUGAAAUCAAUAUCCCAUUCCGGGCACUACAAGCAUUAGGCUGCAAGGUUGAUGCAGCCACCCCAAGCAAGAAAAAGGGAGAAACCUGUGUCACAGCUAUCUACGAUAAUGAGGGAGCCCAAGUUGUUAGCGAGAAGCGUGGUCAUAACUUCUAUAUUACAGCCAAUUGGGGUGAUAUUAAUGUUGAUGAUUAUGACUGCGUUAUCGUACCGGGUGGGAGGUCUCCGGAGUUGCUGGUGAUGAACGAGAAAGCAGUCACUCUAGUGAAGGAAUUCGCUGAAAAAAACAGGGUCAUUGCUGGUAUCGGGCAAGGGAAAUGGCUUCUAGCUGCUGCUGGUAUUCUAAAGGGGAAGAGAUGUGCAACCGGCCCAGGGAUGAAGGUUAUGGUGAAGAUGGCUGGAGGGGAAUUGGAAGAAUCUGAAGGGUCUGCCUCUGAUGGGAUGUUGGUGACUGCAGCUGGAUGGCCUGCCCUGCCUGCCUUCCUAUCUGAAUUGUCGAAACUUCUUGGUUUGUCUUUGAAUUUUGAAUGAGACAAGUUAAUUUGGCUCUCUUGUCUAAAAGAACUGAGAAUAAAAAAAAUGUAUGAACUAUGCAUGAAUCACCUGAUGAGAAUCCAGGGUGAAAAGUUUGGUGUAUCAUCUUGAGUAUUUUAAAAUCGGGUUUUAUGCGAGUGACUUAAAGAUCACUCUUUUAAAGUUUAUUAAAUUUCUAUUUAUAAGAAUAUUUUUAUAUUAAAUAUAGU